ACACAAACAUAUUCGGAUGAAUUUCCGGGGAAAUGCUGCAAUGUUUUUAAACUACAAAUACGGACUGUUUCUUUUAUUUGAAUUUUUUACGAUGAAAUUAAUCGUAACCGUAGUUAAGAGUUUAGCUUAAAUUGGUGGAAAAGCCCCCUUAUUUUACGGAUUUUCCUUCAGAAAGCGAUGCGAUUAUUAGAGGAGUGUUUUGCACUUUCAGGGCGAUUGAGCCCGGGUUCAAAGUCUCAUCCGGACUGCAUGUUACCACAAGAUAGACCUGCUGUACUGUCCAUGAGCUGAUUUUAGUGUAAGCGGUUUAGAACACCGAUAUUUUAGAAAUAUUUAAAUCGUAUUUGUUGUUGAUGGCGCAUUAGACAGUUUCGUUUAGAAUGCAGUGUCCCAAAUAGAAACGCUUAACAGAAGUUAGUAAGCAACGCUGUUUUGCUACCGUAUUUGGUAAAAUACCUUUUAAACAAAGAAAGUUGAACCGGAUUACGAUUUAGAUAACAGUCAAUAUAGGCGACUAAAACACAAUGCCUUCACUGACAGCUGACAAGGUUCAGAAAGUGAUAUAUGUCACUUACCUGAUCGCUGCUUUGGACAUCACAUGGCUCUUCCUACAAUUUUCAAUAACACCGUAUUUGGCAAAAAAGCUGGGAUUCGACACACUCUGGUUUGGGUACCUACAGACAACAGUAGGAGUGAUUCAACUGCUAGGUGGUCCUGUGUUUGGAAGGUUUGCAGAUGUUUUUGGAGCACGAGCCGCACUUUCAUUAUCCUGCUUUGCAUCAAUCAUUUAUUUUUUGCUUUUAGCAGCAGCAGAUAGUGCAGUAUUACUCUUUCUGCACAAACUACCCGCUGUGUUCAUGCAUGUCUUGCCAGGAACACAGAUGAUAGUCGCGGACCUGUCUCAGAAUGAGAAGCGAGCAGAUGCGCUGGCAAAGCUUGGUUUAUGUUUUGGCAUUGGAAUGAUCACAGGGUCAUCGUUAGGAGGAACCCUCAGCACACGCUAUGGAGAGAAGUUUGCGGCGUGUGUGGGUGCUGGAGGAAGCUUGAUCAGUCUACUGUUGGUGCUGAAGUUCAUUCCUGAACACACCAAAAUACACAGUGAAAAGAAAAGCAAUGGGAAAUCGGCCAACUCUGUGUUUAACUUGGGGGAGAUCGUCAGACUUACAAAGUUUCCAGGUGUUGCAAAGACUUUCACCAUCAAGAUAGUUUCAGGGCUUCCAGCUGGUGUUUUCCAGGUCAUGUUCUCCAUCAUUGCCAUGAACUUUUUCCAGCUGCAGGCUGAGCAAAACGGUUACCUUAUGGCAUACUUUGGGGUGUUGCAAAUGGUGAUGCAGGGUGCUGUUAUUGGGCGACUCACCGCCAGGUACUCUGAGCAGUCUUUACUCCUGUUUUCAAUAGGUCUAAGCAGCUUGGUGGGCCUAGCACAGGCCUUUACCACCACUGUGUUACAGUUCUGCUUUGUAGUUGUUCCAAUGAUGCUCUCACUCAGUCUCUUUAAUGUCAUCACCGACAGCAUGCUGUCAAAGAGCGUCCCAUCAUCUGACACGGGGGCCAUGCUAGGAUUGUGUGCAUCUGUACAGCCUCUAGUCCGCACAAUCGGACCAACAAUCGGUGGUUUCCUUUAUGAGACGCAUGGUGUGGCAUCAUUUGGGUACAUCCAGUUCGUUGUCAAUGCUGUAAUAUUUACGCUGAUGUUCAUGUCCAGCACAAGAACACAUACGACUCGUAACAGCAGAUAAACGUGUGUGAGUGCAUGCAAAUGAGUGUGUGUGUUUGUUGUUUGUGUGUAUUUAAAAGGCAUUACUAAGUUCAGGCACUGAUUGUGAUAGGGAUUACAUUCCAGUUUAUCCCAAAUGUGUAGUGGGGCUAAGGUCAGAUUUAUGGGGUAAGUCUAGUAUAACCCCAAAUCAGAAAAAUUUGUGACAGUAUGUAAAAUGCAAAUAGAAAAUGCAGUCUGUCUUAUAUUUACUUUGACAGACAGUAUAAACCCUAGAUAUUUCAUGGCUUGUCUGGUUAACUUCAUUUAUUUGGUAAUAUACAUCCAUUCCUGCAUUGUUGAUGGGGGCAAUUGAGGGCUUGUAGUGAGUAUCGAAAGGCUGAGUCUUUAAGAUGCAAAAAUGGGCAGAAAAUCUCCAGUUUGUCAACAACUGUGUGAGAAAAUUUUCAAAAUGUUUAAAGAUUGGAAGAGAUUUGCCCCUUUCCCCAUCUACAGUGCAUAAUAUCAUUGAAUGAUUCAAGGAAUCUGAAAGAAUUUCAGUGUGUAAAAGGGAAAGAAGCGCAAGCCUAAGCUGAACACACUAAUCUUUGAUCCCUCAGACAGCACUGCAUUAAGAACCGUCAUUUAUCAAUAGCUGAUAUAACCAAAUGGGCAAGGGAUUACUUUGGCAAACCAUUACAUUCACAAAUGCCAUGUAAAUCUUUACAAAAAAAAGCUUUAUGUUAACCACAUCCAAAAUAACAAAAUUAUUCACAUUUUCCAUACUUCUAAUUUGGGCUUGUACAUUUUAGCAGUAGACAAGACUAGUUAGUAAAGUGUUCACAUACUUUGGGCUGGUAGUGUAUAUUUCAAAGUACAUACACACGCACACACACAAGAAUUUAUUUUUAUUUUUAUAUGAUUUUAUCUCAUACAAUGCAAAAUUAAACAUGUGAUUAUAUAUAUAUUUUUAAAUAUGUUGUUAAUCAUGAAUAAAAAGAUUCAGAAUCUGCUCUGAUCAGAAUCUGAUAAGUAAUUGUAUUCAUAUUUAAGGAACUGAUGAAUCUGAUACAGUUAUAUGAAACAAGUUCAUGAUAUUUUUACCUUGAAUUUACAAAUAAAAUGUCUUCUGACUGGCAUUUAACAAAUCUGCAUUUAACUGACAAAAAAACAAAGAAAUUACACUGCCUGGCCAAAAAAAAGGUCACACACUCUAAUAUUUCGCUGGACCGCCUUUAGCUUUGAUUACGGCACAACAUUUAUUUCUGUCCAGAGUUGCAUUAAUUUUUCCCCAAGAUCUUGUAUUGAUGAUGGGAGAUUUGGAGCACUGCGCAAAGUUUUCUCAAGCACAUCCCAAAGAUUCUCAAUGGGGUUCAGGUCUGGACUCUGUGGUGGCCAAUCCAUGUGUGAAAAUGAUGUCUCAUGCUCCCUGAACCACUCUUUCACAAUUUGAGCCGAUGUAUCCUGGCAUUGUCAUCUUGGAAUAUGCCCGUGCCAUCAGGGAAGAAAAAAUCUAUGGAUGGAAUAACCUGGUCGUUCAGUAUAUUCAGGUAGUCCCUAGCAAAUUAAAGCCGUUUUUGCCGGUUAGCCUCACUGACAAGUGGUUUUCUUAAGGCUACACAGUUGUUUAGUCCCAAUCCCUUGAGUUCCCUUUGCAUUGUGCGUGUGGAAAUGCUCUUACUUUCACUAUUAAACAUCCCUGAGUUCUGUAGUUUUUCCACGAUUUGAUUUCACCAAACGUUUAAGUGAAAUCGGCUUUGCUUAGUUAAAUCCAGGUGGUGACCUUUUUUUUGGCCAGGCAGUGUAUGUUUAAUGUUUUGGCUGACAACGCACUUAAGUUAUGACAGGACCAAAAUAAGACUGUAAAGUUAGAUGAAUAUUUGUUACACAGUUUUAAAACAUUCACAAUAAGGAAUUGGUGACAGGUGAUUGAAAUAAAGGGAAGAUCCACCAAAGGCUCAGCAAAUAUAGGUCUUGGCACAGCAUUUUAAACCAUUUCUCAAUGCAAUACUGCAAAUAAUUGCAAAUUAUUAUGGUCUUUUACCAUCUACCAAACAUAAUAUUGUAAAAAGAUUCAGAGAAUCUAAAGAAAUCUGUCUGUGUAGGGCAAGGUGUUCUGAGUGUUCAACAAAAGGUACAAAAACCAAUAUUCGUCAUGGCAUGUACGUAGGUGCAUCAGUGGAUAACUUGCAUAUGUGUGAAGAGACCAUUGAUGCAUAUAUUUGUCGAGAAUAGACAAAUAUUAUACUUGCAAUACUGCGACAAUUAGUAACCUAGGUUAAAAAGUGUAAUUAAAAAGAAAAGGACAUUAAAUGUUCUUAUGUUCCAACUUGUUGUUUUUUAUUUAUAAACAUAAUACAUUAAUUAAACAUAAAAAGUCAUUCCUUUGUAAUGUUGACUGUAAAAUAAAAGUUUACUGUGUGGACUGUG